AUAACUGAAAAAAGCUGUGGCUUUCACUCUGCCCUCCGGUGAAGUUGAUUUUCCUAUACGUUUCUGUGCUGCCAAGCAAGGCCUACGACGAAAGAUGAGCGAGAAAUCAAAUUCCGAAGCUUUUGCUUCGGAUCUUCUGAAACAAUUUGAGCAUAUUUUGGAAUCCGAUCCGCUUAUUGACGAAGUAGGGUUCAUUCAUCCAUCGCAGUUUGUCGCAUUGAAAGAAGAGGUGGGUGGUUCCCUCAGCUCAUCUGAAGGUGGAGUUCUCCAAUCACAAGAUGCUUUAGAGAAUGGAAUUACUAAUUUCUGGAAUAGAGAUCAUAAGUUGGGCAUUUCUACGCAAAUUGUUAUUUCAUUGUACAAGGCAGCUAAAAAUGCAUUCAUGGCUGCACAUAGACAACAUAAGACGUCCAACGAUGAGACUCUUGCAAGUGAAGUUUUGAUUCAUGGCAGGGCUCUUUUGUUGCUUAGCUGUGAUUUUGGCACUGCUUGGAAUUCCAGGAAGUUAAUUGCAUCAAAGAAGCAGCUCCUGCCAAUAUUUAUGGAUGAACUUCGUUUGUCAGCUCUUGUUCUAUCAUACUCACCCAAAAGUGAACAGGCUUGGAGCCACAGGCGGUGGGUAAUCAAUAUGAUUUCUGGAAGAUGCUCAACUCUGCAAGAGAUAAUUGAGAGAGAAUCUGAGCUAGUGGAAAAAAUUGCAGAGAGUUCAAAAAUGAACUAUCGUGCUUGGAAUCAUCGUUGUUGGUUGGUUUCCUACAUGACAAGAGAACAGGUGCUACAUGAAUUGAAGAAAUCCAGAAAUUGGGCUGGGUUGCAUGUUGCUGAUAAUUCUUGCUUUCAUUAUCGCAGAAGGUUAAUGCUUAUGAACUUAGAGGGUGUCUGCCACUCUCAAGAAAAUGAUUCUUCUGGUUACAAUGUCAAAACUUAUCGAGUCUGGAAGGAAGAGCUUGAUUGGAAUGAAGCUUUGAUAAAGCGCUAUGUUGGGAGAGAGGCUCUGUGGCUUCAUCGCCGUUUCCUCUGCUUGUAUUGGAUAAGACAUAUUACAGCCAAUCUCCUUGGCAUCUCAUGCCAGUCUGAACCAAAAUCCAGUGUAGAUAAUGACAUUGAUAGCUUUUUGGACCAUGAGCUUUGUCUCUUAGACUCCUGUUCUACUGUUCCUGAUGAUGACUUCGAGGAUUUCCAAGCACAAGCAAUACAUUCUGCUACCUACAUGUUGUGGUUAACCAAGCAAAUCCCCAAGUCUCGGGGGAUUGAUCUUCAAGAUAAGCUAGCAGACCUGACAAGACUGCUGAGCAAGGCUUGCCCAGAACGGUCUUCCCUGUGGGAUUAUUUGGUGGACAACCAUUGUGAGCGAGAGAACUAGACCUUAGCAAUUCAUAAAUAUAGCAGUCCUUUUUUUGUUUUCCCUCUAUGGAGAGAUUGUUUUUAUAUUUUCAUUUGUUGUAACUUAUUUGUAACAUAUUGUUUGCUUACAUGGAUGAGCUUCCCGGUUGAAUAUGGUGUACACUGUGGAUCAUCUGCUAGUUAUGAAAUAAAGUAAACGACUUUUUCCCACCCAAGGUUUGCCUUAAUAACACUUUUCCAUUAAAAAAGUUUCAAAAUAUCACUUUCACACUCAAAGUUAAUAUUCUGUUACUACUCAAAACUGAUUCCGAUGGUAAAAUUUUUUUCCAUCACCACCAUUUGAACAUACGGUCUCUUCUCUACAAAACCCCUCUUACUUGGGUAUCUGAUUUCUUACCGAUUAUUGGCUAUUGCAAAAUUAGAGUUUUCUGUUCUUAGUUGAUUUUUAGCUGAUUCUGGUGGCAAAUAUUCAAUCGCUUAUCAUCAUUCGAUCCAUGACAUUCACUAUACAAAAACCCUUAUAUCUUGGUUCUUGGUAACUCGUUGAAUACCAGUUGAGAAAGUGAAUUGUAUUUUGUAUAUAAACCAAAUAUAAACGUUGGGUUAAGAAAAUGGUAUUUUGAAACUUUUUAGGUGAAAAAGUGUCAGUUAAGGCAAACCAUUGG